UCGGUGGGCGGGCGCGGGGCGGCGCCACAGGCAGAGCCUGCCGCUCGGCCGCCGUGCGCCCGGGGCUGCGGAGGUUGAGGAGCCGGCGCCCGCGGCGGCCUCGCCAUGAGCGCGGCGAUGAGGCAGAGGUUUGACCGGUUCCUGCACGAGAAGAACUGCAUGACUGCCGUGCUCGAGCGGAUCGAGAGCAAGACCGGCGUCAACCGCACGUACAUAGCCACCGCCAUCGUCGGGGCGGUGGCCGUGUACCUGGUGGUGGGCUACGGCGCGUCCCUGCUCUGCAACAUCAUCGGCUUCGGCUACCCCGCCUACGUCUCAAUCAAGGCCAUUGAAAGUCCCAACAAAGAUGAUGACACACAGUGGCUGACUUACUGGGUUGUGUAUGGUGUUUUCAGCAUAGUGGAAUUCUUCUCUGAUAUCUUUCUGUCCUGGUUCCCUUUCUACUACAUGCUAAAGUGUGGCUUCCUGUUGUGGUGCAUGGCUCCAAGUCCUUCUAAUGGGGCAGAGUUUCUCUAUCAUCGAAUUAUCCGGCCUUUCUUCCUGAAGCACGAAGCUCAGCUCGACAGUGUUGUUAAAGACCUGAAAGACAAGGCUGCAGAGACUGCAGAUACCAUCACUAAAGAAGCCAAGAAAGCAACAGUGAACUUACUGGGUGAAGAAAAGAAGAGCACUUAAACAGUUAACUGGAUAAAGUUUCCCUACCACCUCUUUAUGAAGCUUGAUGUUACUGGGAACUGUGGUAUAAUUUUAAUAAUACUGCCUUGGAAACAUUUUGAUAUAUUAAAGGAAUGUGUUUUAAGUUUGCUUACUACUUUGCUGUGUCUGAUGAUAGAAAAUAAGCAUUUUCAUUUAAAAGCAAUGCAGUGGGCAGCAUCUGCAGCUUAAUGAAAGUAUUUUAUUCAUCUUCAUGCAGAAGAAAUCUUUCAGUAAUCUCUUUCUGCAGUAACUUAAAUAAAAAGUAUAUAUCCCACAGCCUCUGCACUUUAGUUGUCUCUUUGUGUAUGUAAUUACUCUUAACAUUUUGACUGUGGUUCAUCUGGUGACAUGAAGCUAUUGUAUAAGGAAAGUACUAGUCUGACGGAUCUUCUUGAAUAUACAGGGAAUUACUGUGAGAGAUGGCACAACAGAUGUAUUCCCCACCAAUGAAGUUGUAAAUGAUGAAACUACAUGUUCUGGGCACCUGAUGAGAGAGAUUAUUCACUGUUGCAUGUUUUGUUGUAACACAAUAUUUGGUACUGUGUGUAUAUUCUUAAAUGGAUAGAUACUAAAUAUAGGAAAGAGUAACUUCAUUCAAGUGAUCAAGCUUAUAUUAGCCGGAAAUGGAUGCAUUAAAUUGCACAAGAUAUUAGCACACGAUGACUAAAGUACAGCUCCUUGCCUCUUCUUGCUAAAUAAAGUUGUCAUCUAAAAUUGUUAAUAGAGUGCCUUUUAAGAUCACACUCAAAAGCACAAACCACCUUUAGCUAAGGUGUGAUACCAUUACAAACACUUUUUCCUAAAGUCCUGUUGAAAUAUUAACUGCCUUGGGUGUCAGUCCCAGAACUACAUCAUUAAGGGAAUGGACUACACCCUCCGUGAGCUUUUUCUGCUCAUAAAAAUGUGCAAUCUCUUCUGACAGUACUAAGAAGAACUUUGCAUGAGCCCUGAAACUUCCUGAAUAGAGAUGCUGUUGUCAUACAUAAUAUAUUCCUGACCAGGCAGUAAGAAUGCAAACAAAGUUGUUAAGAGAAUAAAGGCUUUUUUGCAAUGUUGAAAGGAUUUUUUUUUUAUUCUGAAUCUGUAUUUACUCUUUCACACUCUUUUCAGUAUUUUCAACAAAUUAAGCAUGAAUUACUGAAAUCUCCCUGUUCUCAUCUCCAUGCUGACAUUUCUUUAAAGCCUACAGUAAUGCUAUAAUAGUUCUUAGCUCACAGAAGGUAAGCUUAAGCUUUUGAUACGAUAAAAAGUGAUUUCUGAUCCACAAUCUUAAGAUUCAAAAGAUUUAAUCUUAAAAUAGACUUUUGAAGACUUUCGGCUUUCUGCAACAAGUUCGUAUAUAAACUUUCACUGUAAAUUUUGCAAGAACUGCAAAAGAAUGAAGCACACAGUGCAACUCAGCAGGUCAGUUUUAAAUGAGAGAUAUGUAUUGUAAGAAGAGAUGUAAAAGUGUCUUAAGAGAAAGCAUUUUAAGCUGGAAAACACAGCCCUUAUGGCUUUCAACUUGGAUAGGGAAGUAUAAGACCCACUGUGCAUCAUUUUUUGUAGGACAGCAUGCAGUUUGUCAUUUGAAGGAAAAAAAUGUAAAAUACCACAGCUAAUCAUUCCAUGACAACUUUCUGUUAUGAGUGGAUGUGCUGAAGAGAAUAAAGUUUACAGCAAAGCUGUAGAUGUAAGCGAGUUAAAAGUUUGAAGUGACUCGCCAUUUAAGUGGUUUAAUUUAUAUGUUCCUCUGUCUUAAACCCACUGAACUCUUUUGUAACAGCCAUACUAAAUCCUAGUGCUGUGUUUUAAACACUACAAACUGUGUAUAUAGCAGUCAUGUGGCCAGUGUAAUUUAGUUUCACCUCUUGAAAUAAUAAGAAAGAAAGAAAGAUAGUUAAUAGUCUAUUUGAUUUAGGUACAAAGUACUACAUAACUUCUCUAAAAGCUGCUGAUAAAUCUUAGACUUUCCAAGCCUAAUGAGGGCUGUAGUAGACAGAACUUAUUUUUCAUUUCUCAUACUACUCAACAGUUCUUCCACUGUUACAAUGGGGAUAAAACAUUUCUAGGUUAAGUGUGAAAACAUUCGCUUACAUCUCUCAGAACUGAACAGUUAGGCUUUUAGUCAACUUCGUGUCUUUACAACUUAGUAUUUCUUGAUCAGCAGCUAAAUUCAUUGCUCCUUUGUCAGAUUUCUACUUGAAGUAGAACUACCAUUUGUUGUUAACAGAACUUGAUGUUCUUGUUUGCCUUGAUGCAAGCAGAAAUGACUGAAUUUCUGCAGCAAGUUACCCUUCCCUGCAAGUAACUCCGCUGGCCUGGCCCCACAGAUCAGUGCUCUUCUCAAAGUCUUCUUCAUAACAUGUAUGUGCAAAUGUUGGUAGACACAUCUACUCCAUGUCUGUGCUGAAGUUGUAAUGUGCUAAAUAAAAAUGGACACAAAUAAAGAGAUUCUUACAGGA